AAAAUGAAUAUUUUACCAAAAAAAAGAUGGCAUGUUAGAACGAAAGAAAAUAUCGCUCGUGUACGUCGAGAUGAAGCGAAAGCUGCUGAAGAAGAAAGAAUUAAGCAAGAGCGAAGUCAGAAAGCUGAGAGUGAAGCAAGAAUAAAUUUAUUAAGGGAUCAAGUAAGAUUUAAAUAUGAUGGUCGUGAAAAAGUUGACAGUUCCAAUGAAAAAUUAGAACAUGUCAACUUUUUUGCUGAUCUUGAAGAUGGUAAGAUUGAUUACAAUAAACCUAAUGUGGAACAUGAAAAAGAAAAAAAAGAAGAGAAGGAAAAAUAUGAAAAACAAAUUGGAUAUUUAACAUAUUUGGGACAAGAUACUAACGAAGCAACUGGAAAGAAAAAUUGGUAUGAGGAAUUACCGAAGAGACUAACAGAUACAGAAAAGAAUGUAGAAGUAGAAACAAAGAAAAAAGCUUUGAAUGAUCCAAUGAGUGAUAUAAAAAGAUAUUUAAGUGUUAUGCGUUCUAAACCUGACGAGGACCAUUUAAAAAUAAAGACAGAAAGUACUAAAAGAAAACAUAGCCAUUCUGUUAGUUCUCAUUCUGAGGAAAGGCAUAGUACACACAAGAAACAUAAGAAAGACAAAAACAUAAAACAUGAAAAAGAAAAGAAAAAGUAUAAGCAAUUAGCAAAAAAAGAAGUUGAGAGUCAAAGUAGUAGUAUGGAUAUAGAGAAAUUAAGAGCAGAGAGGAUGCUUAGAGAGCAAAGUGAAAAGCUAAGGACUGAAGCGCUCUUGGCCAAAGUGAGAGGUGAGCCAAUACCUAUUGUAGCACCAGAAACUCCUAAACCUGCUAUAAAACAGAAAUAUAAUUCGCAAUUCUUUCCUGAAAUUGCUAGACAAAAUGCAGAAAGAACACCUAAACAUAUAUCUAAAUAAACUAAACGACUUACUUUCAUCAUUUGUGAGAUCUUCAAAGUUUAUGUAAUUAUUUUAAGUGUAUAUAAAUGUAAGAAAUAUAUAAU